AUGUUUCAACACGAUCCGGAGGGUCAAACUCGGAGAAGCUGCACCUGCCAGCGCUCCCUCAGAUUCAGGCCCGUCCUCUUGACCGCCCUAUGCUUCCUGUGCAGCCAGGUGGCCUUCCAGCUGUGUGGCACCGACCGGCCAGGGCUCAGGCUCAGGCGGCUCAGGCUCCCAGCCGCAGCCACUGCCUUGAACGGCCUGGAGAUCGGCGAUGCAGUCACAGCCACCGUCGUGUCUGUCGGCGACACAUGGGUGGAUGCAGACGUCGAGGGCGCCGGGCGCGGCAGGAUGCACAAGUCCGACCUGACCACGCUGCGCAUUCGGCAUGCCAGGGAGGUGGUCAAGGUCGGCGACGUUGUGAAGUGUUUCGUGAAGCAGCUCAAGCAAGAUCGCCCCGUGCUGACGAUGCAGGACGUCUUCGCCAACCGCACGCGCCUCUCGGAGCUGCAGCCAGGGCUGGCCUGCGACGCGAAGGUGGUGCACGUGAACAAGCACAUCGGUGCCUUUGUGGACGUCGGAGCCGUGACGUCGGCGCUGGUCCCACGAAACGAUUUCGAAGGCUGGACAGAGGGCGCAAAGUAUGCGGCUCGGCUUCUGCUGUUCAUGAUCGGCGUGGUGGACUCGUGGGAGCAGCUUUGCCCCAAGACGAAGGGGAAGAAGACCAAGGCCAAGAAGGAGAAAGAGCAGAAGCCGGUGAUCCACCAGGCCUCAGCGCAACGGACGCGAAAGAAGCUGCAAGCGGGCCCUUCAGCCCUUCAAGUGGCUACGGCGGAACCCGAAGUCGAGCCCGAAACCGACACAAACUGGGCCUGGGUCUCUGCCUGGGCGCCUCCACCUUCGGCCGAGCUCGAGCUGGACUUCUUCGCCGUGCCCAAAGAUCGCGCGGAGCUCAGCGAUCUCAGGGAGUGGAGCUCCCAAGAGCACCUCCCCGUGGGCCCACAACCCAACGUCAAAGAGUGCAUCGAAGUUCCAGUCGAAGUUCCAAAGGUCAAAGCAACCGACUGGACCGUGCAGGAAAGCUGGGAAGACAUGUGCGACUCCGACGCUGGCAGCACAGCCGACGAGUGCGAACAGCUAGACUCCCUGCCGUCGACGACGCACUCAUCGCCUGCAUAUGGACAUGUCCCAGAACCGAAGGCUCUCGUCGCACCCCCCUGGCUCCUCGGCACUUCACGCCGACGAAGGCCCCUGCAGAAGGAAGUCCCAUGA